CAGGGCGAUUCCUUGCCCCAAAACUGGGUUCCCCGGUCACCAGGAGGGGGAUCAGCCCGUACACUGAGCUCUGUCACUGGGAGCAACUCUGUACCUGCAACUUUCCUCUUCCCUGAGUGGGAAAAUACAUGUUUACUGUUGUCUUCACUAGCAACCCUCUACCAUAUCCUCUGUGUGGCCAAGAGGGAAAAAUAGUGAAUUUGGGUUCUUGCCUCAGAAGAGGCAUUUAUUUGUAGACUAAAUUCAGCUAGUGAACAGCAAACCCAGUGAAUGGGGAGUAAGCAUGAAAAAGUAUGUGGUUUGAAAGCCUGCAAAAUAAGGGAAGUAGGAAAGAGUCUGGUGUGGAGGUCCACUCAGAAGACAUGUGCCCAUUCAGGCACAUCAACUGCCAGUGCAAUGACAACCUGGAAACUGAAACUCCCUACUCCUUUGGUUGGUUGGUUUUAAAAGAAAUACUCUUGGGUGACAGAAGCCAACAGGCACUAGUGAUAAGCUAGGUGUACAAGUUUUCAGAGGGGGUUGUAGCAGACCAUAUUUCUCUUUAAGUAGGGGAUUUGAGUAAUCGAUUGUGUUUCUCCUGAAGAUCAAGAAACCACAGUGCUCCCUGAAACGUGGGAUGAUAUGCAAAACCAGCAACUCAAGGUAGUGGAACUAAAACCAGAAACAAAGGACUACAGAGAGGUGGCAGAAAGGUUUCUGAAGACCAGCUUCAGCUUCUAAAAAUUGAAAAGGUAUUUAAUGUGAUGUUUAUGAACUUCAAACCUGCUGCAAAAUAUCUCCGCUCUCAAGAAGAAGCUGCUUCUGACACCAAGAUUAUGAUGCUGAAAACAUGCCAAGUCGGAUUGAAAGGGUACAGAACCCAUUUUUGUGGAAGAUCUACCAAAUAAAAAAGCAUCAAAUGGCUGAGAAAAAUGUCAGUGGAGAUGACGAGAAGCUUUUGUUUCAUGGGACAACUGCAAACUUUGGAAAUGGAAUGAACUUUGCUGUUAAUGCCAGCUAUUCUGCCCACGACGCCUAUUCUAAACCAAAUGUGGAUGGAAAGAAGUACAUGUACAUGGCUCGAGUACUUGUUGGAGAAUGUUCUCAAGGGACAAGAGGAUCAAUUACUCCAGCAGCAAAAAGUGCUAGUAACUCCAUGGAUCUAUUUGAUAGUUCAACUGAUAAUGGAAACAAUCCAUCCAUGUUUAUCAUAUUUAAUGACAUUCAAGCUUACCCAGAAUAGCUUAUCACUUUCACUAGAUGAGCAUUUUGAUUGCAGCCAAGUUUGCAUGUCUCUUCAUUUUAUAAAUCUGUCCUGCACAUUAAUAUGUAUAUAUAUAUCAGUGAAAACAAAUAGUUUUAUCAAAUAAAUUUCUUAAAGCUUGUUUAUAUUUAAGCAACCUUUGGCAAUUUUUGAUAGCACUGCCAUAGACUACUUUUUUCCACUUGGAGCAGUUGAACGUAUCGAACAGAAGUUCAAUUUGACGUGUAACUUAACAGUAGUUUCCAGUAGAAAUCCUACAUCUGUCCACCCGCUUUAUGCUAUCUUGGCCUUUCCAUGCAGCAUUCUGGCCAUCCUAGUUGCAAUAAAGAGUGGGUAGUGCUGUUGGGGGAUUGAAAAAGACAUUCUCUCAACCACUGACUGCAUGGCAUUGCAUUUCUGAUAGAGUAUGAGAAGCUAUCAUAAAUUAUAAUGCUGACUGUCAUUUACUGUGGAUUUCAGUAAAUGAACUAAUUGUAGUUAAUGGCUUGUGUUUGUCUAAAACAAUCUCUCGAGAUAUUUAGCAUUGGUUUUCAAAAGUUCACUUACAGGCAACUACUUGGGGAUUGAAUUCUCUAAUAUGGUGUUGCUUGAUUUUAAUACGAUAGCCCUCCUGGGCAUGUCAGUAAGAGGAUUUGUAAACCUCACCCAACCUUCUGCAAUUAGUUAAUACCCAAAUUAAUUAGGUAUAGCCUAAGAGAGCCAUGAAAAUAAGCGUAAGGAAGGUGUUCCUGCUCUUGUACACUACCUGUAGUGCCCUUCCUGUGAUGUUAAGGAGAAAAGAACAGGGCAAAGAAAGGCAAGGGGUGCGUGUGUUGGAAGAGGGGAGGUGAGGUUUGUUUGUGUGUUUGUUUCAUUGGGUUAAGGCCUUUUUGACAAGGCUUGUGGAAAUAGUUUAUUUCAAAGACCUAAUCAUUAACCAAGCCAAAAUUCAGAUUCUUUGGGGGUGGGGGGAGAAUCAGAGCAAUAUAAUCUCUGUAGCAUACCGACAAUAAAAAAAAUACUUUUAACAGCA